UGCUUUUUGUUUUUACCUGAUUAAUUUUGUUGGAUAUCAAUUUGCUGAUUUUAACCGUGAAACUGUAGAAAUAUGUGUGCAAACAAUAUAUUUGCACAGUCAUUGACAAGCAGAGGGUUUUAUUUUGAAAAGCACCGGAAGAAGCUCUGGUUCUAAGUCCUUCCGACUUGCCUAAGGCUGGUGUGAAGGUGCAGCCCCCCCAUCACUCCAAUCAGACUUGCUGGUGCUACUGAGGUCCAGGAGCACUCUCCUCCUCCCACCUCCUACUCGUAAUGGGGGAGCUGCACGCAGCGCUGAAGUCACAGUGAUGUCAUUUGAGGAUGUGAGAGAGUAGGGGGCAAGGUGAGCUGAUCUUGCAGUGAGUGGUGCCCCCCCUCCACGGCCAGCGUUGCCUGUACAAAGGCGCGGAGCGGCGAAAGAUGGUCAUCGCCACCGGCACCAAUCCAAGCUCCGACACGUUCUGUUCUCCACUCGCUCAGAUCUCGGGCCAUGGGGCCCUGAUCUACUCUGACCCACAAACUCUGAACCUUCAUCGCCAACAUGCCAAAGGACAGAAGAUAAGAAGAGUUGCUUUUUUAGGGCAGGUAACUUUAACCAGGUGCCCCAAAGGUAAACUGGAUGGCCAUUGCGCAAAGGUGUCACUACAGCAUGCGCAGCGGGGCCGAGACGCACUGGACGCUGCCAACAGUUAUUGUUCUGUGGACUUCUCUGUGGGCAAUCGCUUCGUCUUUCCCGACCCCGAACAGGACUAACGCCACUUUGAUAGAAAGGAAGUGGGAGACGCUUUUCUCCCGCUCCUAUCUGGGUGUAAACGGGGGCAGAUCGCAGCUGAACUGGCAGAGCGACUACUUGCAGGGCAUCAAAAGAGUGCGGCGGCUGUACUGCAACGUGGGCAUUGGGUUUCACCUGCAGGUGCUCCCGGAUGGCAGGAUAAGCGGUGUGCACAGUGAAAACCCAUACAGUCUGAUAGAGAUCUCCACCGUGGACCGAGGGGUGAUCAGCCUGUUCGGGGUGAGGAGUCAGCUGUUUGUCGCAAUGAACAGCAGAGGAAGGUUGUACGGAACGAGACUCUUCAAGGACGAGUGCAAGUUCAAGGAGACGCUGCUGCCGAAUAACUACAACGCCUACGAGUCUUUUGUUUACAAGGGCUUCUACAUCGGCCUGAGCAAGCACGGCCGGGUAAAGCGAGGCAACAAGGCGACCACCGCCAUGACUGUCACACAUUUCCUCCCGCGACUAUGAAAGAAGCUGACAUUUUCAGAGAAAUUUGCACAUGUGGAUGUUCUUCCAGGUAACAAAUAUGUAGAAAUGGAAAGUCAUGACAGACGCACCCAUGAACUGCGAAGGAAAACACAAAUAUUUAUUCUGUUAUACAUAUUUAUGUGUAUAUUUGGAUAGCUGUGUUUGUAAAUGUAUGCCAAACUUUGCUGCUUAUUGUUUUUUUGGACAGGGCGAGUCAAAGCCCUUCCCUGUCCCACUUUACCUUGGUGCUUGCUGAAACUGAACUACACGCCACUUACUUUUCUGAGAUGGAGGAUGAGCUUAAAUGCUGUGCUUUUAAAGAGUGAAAUGAAUACUUUUUAUUACCUCAACGAACCACUUCACUAGAUGAAGGACUGCAUGGACUUCUGCUCAAAUAUCCGCUGAGUUUAUCGUUUUAUUGAAACGUUUAAAUGCUUGACGGUUCACUACUCGGUUACUGUUGUCCUGCAGUGGAGGGGAGAGAGAAAUUUAAAUGCACUACUUCGUUCCUGCACGAUUUAAAGGUGCCUUGGUGUUCCCACUUGCUGGCCCCCUUUAAACCUCUGUGUAAGAGACACCCGGGCGAGUCAGAAAUAGGGCUGACGCUCCGGAGAGAGGGCCUCAGUAGAGGGGGAAUGAGGGAGGAGGGGGCCAGUUAUCUCUGGUUUAUUUUCUUUUCUGUAAUUAGAUCGAUUAAGUAAUAAACAAUCUGUGGUUGAGACCGGAGAACGGUCGGCCAUGGAGGCUGGCGCAAGGCCAGUUGUUUAACUGUGUAGCUAAGAAAACAGGGUGGAAAUCCAUAUGUGCCACAGCAUGGAGGAACGGUUCGGGUCGGACCUGGCUUGCUUCUGCACAAUUAUCGACUGAGCGGACGAAGCAAAUAGCAGAAGAGUGUGCUGCUGUUUUUUUUGGAAAUGCGAAGCUUUUAGCUGCUAAAGGAAAUGGAAAACAAUGUAAAUAGCUGCAAGUUUAAAAGAAGACGUUUUUGUAGCAGAAAAAAUACAAAAGGCUGCACAAGAAACCAGCAAUGAUGCUACUUAAAACACUCGGUUUGUCUUUGGUUUUGUGUUUUUUGGGAUUUUUAUUUGCAGCCUUUCUGUCUUUUUCAGACCUAAAUCCAAUUUUGGCGCUCAGCACCUACAUUAAGGCUUAACUAUUUCUCCACAGAGGAGGAGGGGCUUUAGGUAUAAAUAGUAGCAGUUUGUUCACAAAGCAGAAGGUGGAGGCCGUUUUGCCGACUCACGAAUCGGAUAUUCUCGUUCAGUAUUCCAAAGAUGUUUUUCUCGCCUCGUUCUCUGAAUUCCCCAGACUCCACCGGAGUGGAUCUACUUGUAGUUCCUGCAGCUGUUAACUGCUUCAUUCCUGUGCGACAGGAAGCAGGAAUAUUUAAACCCAGGAAAGACGUGUGCAUGCUGUCUUUGUUUGUCAAACCGGCCCUCCCCUGCAGGAAUGCGGGUCUGCCGGGAUGACAGGGGCGCUUCCCCACAUACCUGAACUCUUGACAGGCUGCGCUGUCCACCUCUGCCUGUUUGCUACCCCCAACCUUCAUCCGCUGCAGGGAGGAACCUUUGAGAUUCCAGUUUUAACCUGUCAGCUUCCUCCUCUCAUUUCAGCCUUUUUUAGUUCAAGGUCAGAGUCACUGAGCAGCCUGUGGUCAGGGUGGUCUGUUGUCCACAACAGGAAUUUAGAUCAUGUUUUUAAAAGUGCUCAUGUCGCUUCACGUGUCUGCUAAAUCUACAAACUAUAUGUGAGAUAUCAAUGCAAAUGAGAAUAACUGUGAAGUGGAAGGAAAAAGAUUCAUGUUUGUUGUUGAAUUUGGCUGUGAGUUCUGAUGGAGAGCCUUGUUUUGUAGGUUUGUAGUUGUGCUAUCCUCUUUACCUUUUCAGAUGAUGCAUUCAACAGAGCUCUCUGUAAUGCCCACACCUUGAAAUAUUGUUUUAGGUGACUUAUUGUGCUUCCUUAAACAGAUUAGAAUCAGUUUAUGGGAGACGCGAAACAUGUUCAUUACAUUUAAAUAAUUCUUAAUGAGAUUUUAAUCUGCCUAUUUUGAGCUUCUCUUGUCAUUUUAAACUCAACAUUUAAACUCGCACGUGAAAAUGGCUGCUAACAGAUGCGCAAUUAUACAACCAAACAUUUUUGAAAAGCAUUAGCAGAGUCUUCUGCGCAACUGACAAGAAUUCAGCAAGUGGUUUCUGAAUAGUAAAUCAACAACAAAACACUUCUGUUUUUCAGCAGCCAUUGUACAGCGCAUGCAGCGGUAAAAUCAGCUGACCAAACAAGCUAGAGCUCAACUUGGGUUGCUAGGUAACGGGCUGGACUUUGCUGGGGUUGCUAGGUAACGUGCAGUGCCCAUUGGAUGUUUAGUUUGACUUAUUUAAAAUAGAGACAAGGUUCAAAAAACAUUAAUAAGCUAAUUUCCAUCUGUGUGAAUGUGACUCAACAGUUUCUGAAACGGCUCGUUUUCCAGACACCAAAAAAUUUCCAAAAACAGCUGAGUGUUUUUUUUUUUAAGCACUUGAGAUGUUUUCAGAAGAAGUACAAAAAAAUUCAAAAUAUGAAUUUUACAUAACAGAUUCCCUUGAAACGUUACCACUACUCCAUCCCUGACCCGUCUGCGUUGUUCCUUGGUCUUCUUGAUGCUAUUUCACCAAGUAUUUACUAAUAAGGUAAUUUCAGAAGGUUAUUGAUCGCAAUGGAUUUUAUUUGCAGAGUGAAGGAUGAGAUGACUUGUAAAAGAACCAUGCACCUACUUCCUUCUACUUCACAAUUUUGUGUUACUUUGUGUUGGUCUAUCACAUAAAGUCCCAGUUAAACACUGAAACAUACGUCAAAUUUGAAGGUACUUGAAUAAUUUCACAAAGAACUGGAUGAAGUUUUGUUUUUUUCCAACGGAUUUCAUCUGCUAACUGCUAAAAACGCAUCUUUUAUCAUGUUUCCUGCUCUUUCCUCAAAGCGGUGGUGUUUCUGUAGCGAGGACCUUUGCAGAGUUGAUGCAGUCUGUGAUGAUGCAGAUGCUGAGCUCACCUCUGCUGCUGCAAACCCGCCGUCUGUCCUGACCUCAUGCUGACACGCCGUUUGGAUUCAUGUCUCCUCGCACGUAAAACCGCUUCAGCUCAGAAGGAUGAAGAAACUUUCCUAAAAGAAACAAAGAUACGAAUUUGUAGAUGAGGCUGCAUGCUAGUUCCUAUGGAGAUUCCUCGGAAUUUGAUUUAGGCUAAGAAAGUAAAAGUUAAACUUGCACAUCAAGAAGUCUGAUGUCUCUAGUAGCACUUUAAAGCGGACAUCUUGAUCAGUAAACAACAGCAAAUAAAUGUGUUUGAUACUUAAAACUCAGCGUUCAGCUUUGAUCCAAAUCUUAUUCAAACAAAAAAGGAAAAAGAAAAAAAAAGAUUUUCUUGCUAUUUAUUUUUCUUUCCACAUCUUAUUUUGAGUUUAAUUUAAGUGAAGGUAGGGAAAAUGUCAUUUUAUGUUUGAAUGUUACAGCAGCAGCCUGAGUUUUGAGGCGCGUGCUUCAUGUGUUCUCGAUUCCUCUGUUCUCAUAUACCUCACCUCCUGCCUUAGUUUUGGUUUGCUGAUCACUGUAAAACAAGAAGAAACAAACUGUAGUGAUUUGUUUCUGUGGGCAGACAUUGCUAAUUAUUUUUGUUCCUUUUAUUUUUGUACGUAUGUGCUGUGCACAGCAAUCUACUGUAUUCCAGAGACAAGAAAUAAUAAAAGUUCGGUUUUUUUUUUUAAA